AUGGCUAACCAAACUCCCGCCGUUGUCAUGGACAACGGCACGGGUUUCUCCAAGCUAGGUUUCGCCGGCAAUGACUCUCCCUCCUUCGUCUUCCCGACUGCGAUCGCAACCAAGGGGCCUGCUGGUGGUGCCGGAGGUUCUGGCUCUGGACGCCCUGGCGUUGCCAACAAGCCCUCUUUCCUCACCGGAGGUGCUGGUCCCGGUAGCCACCUGAGCUCAAAGCGAGGAACUGAGGAUCUCGACUUCUUCAUUGGUGACGAGGCCAUCGCUGCUUCGGGAGGUCCGGGUUACGGUCUUCACUAUCCCAUCCGACACGGUCAAAUAGAGAACUGGGAUCACAUGGAACGAUUCUGGUCCAACUCCAUCUUCAAGUAUCUCCGCGUCGAGCCCGAAGACCACUACUUCCUCCUCACUGAGCCUCCCCUGAACCCCCCCGAGAACCGCGAGAACACCGCCGAGAUCUUCUUCGAGUCUUUCAACUGUGCUGGCAUGUACAUUGCGGUCCAGGCCGUACUCGCUCUGGCUGCAUCUUGGACAUCCUCCAAGGUCCAGGACCGCUCUCUGACUGGAACUGUCAUUGACUCCGGUGACGGUGUCACUCACGUCAUCCCCGUUGCCGAGGGUUACGUCAUUGGAUCUUCCAUCAAGUCGAUUCCCAUUGCUGGCCGAGACAUCACCUACUUUGUCCAGUCCCUGCUCCGAGACCGUGGCGAGGCCGACUCAUCGCUUAAGACCGCCCAGGAGAUCAAGGAGGAGUACUGCUAUGUUUGCCCCGAUAUCGUCAAGGAAUUCAGCAAGUACGACCGCGACCGCAGCCGAUUCGCCAAGCACGUCGUGACGCACCCCAACGGUCGCCAAGUCAGCGUUGACGUCGGAUACGAGCGAUUCUUGGCCCCCGAGAUCUUUUUCAACCCUGAAAUCUACAGUUCCGACUUCUUGACCCCUCUCCCCACGGUCGUCGACGGCGUUAUCCAACAGUCACCCAUCGAUGUCCGACGAGGCCUCUACAAGAACAUUGUUCUGUCUGGUGGAAGCACUCUGUACAAGGACUUUGGUCGACGAUUGCAGCGAGAUAUUAAGCAGCUGGUUGAUGCUCGAAUCCGGGCUAGCGAGGUUCGCAGCGGUGGUGCUCGAAGUGGUGGCCUAGACGUGCAGGUCAUUACGCACAAGAGGCAGCGACAUGGUCCCUGGUUUGGCGGCAGCCUGUUGGGCCAGACGCCCGAGUUCCGAUCGUACUGCCACACCAAGGCAGAGUACCAAGAAUAUGGCCCCAGCAUUGUGCGAAGAUUUGCUCUUCUGGGUGGACCUGGCGGUGCUUAA